AUACGCAAGAGCUCACGCAAAUAAGUGGAUUUGUCAUGCGAGUUUUUUUUGCUUUUGUCAUGUCCAGUGGCCAACUUGAUAACGGUGCCCAUUGGCAAUCAUGAAAGAAAUGGCGAUGGGUGGCAAGUAGGAGCGCCUGUGCUUGAGCCGUCCUGCCUCUGAGCUUAGUAGCGGUCGCGCAGCUCCGUUUGCAUUUAUUACGGCUCCCGUCUUAAGCGUUUUCGUGAUCAAGUGGCGUGACCACGUGUCUACUUAGCCCGCCACGCCCUGCUCGAUUCGUACACACAGAUGACAAGUUUUUACCAUUUGGCACGGUCUCACUACAUGAUCCAACAGGUUAAGCUUUUACCUGAUGCUCGCGAAAGCUUCGUCGUGUUGAUUGGCUUUUUUUGACAAAUAAAC